UCUCAUGGAUCAAAAUCUAUCUAUAAAACAUUGAGAUUCAGCUUAUUUUAAUUUUCCAUGUAAAAGAGUAAGCAGAAAUUUGCUAAAGAGGCAAUGCAAUACUUGGAUGCAGAUUCUGAUCAAGUUCUUGUCGUAUCAGGGAGCAAAAUAGCCGACAUUUGCAUCGACGAUCUCAAUCAAAAUUUGACCUUAGACGAUGCAGUUGAUAUAAGGCAUGAUGCUAAACAUGUUCAUCGAUCUGAUUUCGUCAAGUUUAGACCAUCUCAGGAUUUGAUUUCCAAAUGUAAAAUUGAACAGACUGAGAAUUUGAUUGAAUGGAUCAACCAGAAACGACUCGACAUCUUCACAAAAGUUGAAGAAAAAAAGUUGGAUCGAUACAGUUUGACCAGAAAAUUGGAAUCCCUGACGUACUCGUAUCGGUCAGAAAAAUUCGAAACAGCUCGUCAUAAAGAGACACUAGAACCUCUACAACUAGCACGCGACAAGCUGAGCUUCGCAAACACUGCAUAUCGUGAUAAACUCAUCAAAUCGUGCUUACUCAGUGAUGAAAUUCAUUUAAAUAAUUUAAAUUUCCAAAUCCGGCAUGGACACAAGACUUUGGCCGAAGAGAAACGACUACUAACAGAAACGAAGAAAUGUCGAGGGAAAGAAAAAAAUCGCAGCGACUCAUAUUUGACGUUAGAAGAACUUAACAAAUCAAUAGCAUGCAAGUUUUACUGGAGUAACCGCUACGCCAACGAUGAAGUUCAACGUAGAAAAGCCACAGAAGAUAUGAAGAAGUUGAAAUGUUUAAGGGAGAAAGCUAUAGCAAAUGCUGCUGUGAAGGGUAGUAUUUGGAAUUCAUUGGGAUCAAAAGACAAAAUACCAAAGCGAAUCAAAAAACGUAACGGCAAGGAAUCAGAGGAACUGGGGAAGAAAAGCUUGACAAUUAGAGCUAAAAUGAAGCAUGUACAGAAACAGUUGGAAGCAAUAGAAAAAGAUAUAAUUUCUCUGCAGAAACAAUUGUCUGAAGGAACCCAAAUGAAGAUCAGAGCAAACAAAUGCAUACUUACACUUAAGGGUGUGCAAAAAUCAAACCAACUGAAUAAUUCAGUUUAGUAAGGUUUGAUACUUCAAAAAUGUAAUUUUUGAUUCGAUUCGGUUUUGAAUAUAAAAUAAUAAUAAUUCUAACAA